AUGAAUCCGCCGACCAAACGAGUCAGCUACUCUGACUCAGAACAGAACGCAACUAUGUCUCAUUGUGUGUCAUCAACUAGAGAUUCUGUAUGUGAGAUGGACGACAGUAAUGAAGCUCCAUUGCAACCUUUCGUUUUUGAUCCAAACGAUCCCAAAUACUUGUGUCUUUGUGGACAUGCACAUUCUGUGACCGGAGUGAGAUUGAUGGUUUGUUUACUGUUCAUAACCAUUUUUGCUGAUGCCUACGAACUAUUGGUUACUUUCUACUUUUCCAAUGAGAUAAACAAAAAUAUAAAAAAUCAAAGUGGAAACUUCUCAAGAAAAGUUUAUGAACUCAAUGAAGAAGAAGUUUUCAACAGCUUCCUGACCUUGUCAGGUGGUCUUCUUCUAAUAUGCUCACUGCUAAUUGCGAUGAAAUAUAAAAAACCAAAAUUUCUGAUUCCCUAUCUGAUUAUACAGGGAGUUGGCCUGGUUAGCGUAGCUCUUCUCGGAAUGAUAAAUCUAUUGAUGGCUUUGUCUGAUCAGUAUCGUGACACAUUGAGAAGUCAUGUUUAUACCAACUAUCCAACUGUAACAAAAUCUCCGAACAAGUUCUCAAAAGUGAAAAGUUCCAAAGACAAUUCACCUGACCAGUCUUUCAAUUACCUUCUAAAGUUCGGAAUUUACCUUUUCCUAUUUGGAUUCCAAGUUUGGUUGGCAUUAGUAUCGAUAUCGUGUUGGAAAUACUUGAGAGACAUUCAUCAACCACGCAACCACGUAGAGGAAUUGGCAGCAAAUGCUGUCUUUAAAGGACUUCGCCGUUCGUUGUCUGCUGAAGAUGUCACAGAAAAGAAAAAACGUAAACGCGUUCCUGAACUUAGAUCAGUUAGUGUUCGUCUAGAUAAACAUCCUGUCUUAACAGUUUGA